AUGUCCAUUGCCAGCAGUGGCUACACUAAAACCACCGGUACCAAGAUGUUAACUCGGAUCCCUCCUCCUCCUGGUGUUCCUCCCCUGUUCCUGUGUAUUGGCAGUGCCACUAUACUGCCCGUGUUGAAGUAUUUAGAGUCAAUGGGCUACGUGAACAUGGGCUUUCAGUGUCUCUUCACUGCGUUUGUUCUUCUCGAAGGAAAUUCCAGUGAUUCAGAAGAAGAAGACCAGAGUACCAGCAGCAUAGAAAAUCAGGCCAUCCCAAACUCUCACAGGGUGCCAGAUUCCAAAUCGCAUCCACCACACAUCAAAAUAGAUAUCAUCAGGAAAGUGCAAGCCAAAAAUACGCAGCGCUAUAAAGUGGAAUAUGAUUCGCAGAGUACGGAUACACUGAACUUCUCUUCUGAAUCCAAACAAGAGACUGAAUACGGUCCCUGUCGUAGAGAAAUGGAAGACACUUUAAACCACCUAAAGAUCCUGAAUGUCUUGAGUCCCAGGGGUUUUCAUAUUCCAAAUUGUGACAAGAAGGGGUUCUACAAGAAAAAGCAAUGUCGCCCAUCCAAAGGCCGAAAGAGAGGUUACUGCUGGUGCGUGGAUAAAUACGGACAGCCACUUCCUGGGUAUGAUGGGAAGGGAAAAGGAGAUGUCCACUGCUAUAACUUGGAAAGCAAAUGAGGGCUGGGUGCCAGCUCUUCUGGCAUCUGUGCGUGGCCUCUGGACCUCGCAGAGACCUUGGAGGGGCUGGGCAAACACUGUGGACUGUGUUGCGCAUGGAGUAACAAGCGCUGCCUCCUGCGGCGGAUGGAGAGUCGCAGCCUCUGCAGACGCUGCU